UCCUGACAGCCAACUGGUAUUGUAUUUUCUUCUGCUCAGUGAUCUCAUCAGCUCAGCUUUUCCGCUGCAACCCAGAUACUCAUCUUCAAUGUGCAGCAUGAAGCUCUUGUCACUGCAUGAUAAAUACAUCAUUAAUCUUUAUCUCAUCCACGGGGAUUAUUUAUUCAUCUGGAAAUGCAUUCACAUGGACGUAGUUGACGGUUAUUAACACUGCGCCGUCUCAAAGAAGUUAUUGUGUUUUUGACACUUUAUGUCCUCCACGCGUUGCCCAUAUUUGUUCUAAGGCAUCUAUGUGAAAUUGGCAUCAUGGUAAUUAGUGAUUCUUAGCUAAUAGAAAUUGUCACCUGCCACAGAUGUAUGCAUUGCUUAUUAAAACAGUCCUUCGCAUGUGGAUUUACACACAGUAUGGAUCCUUUGUUUCCUGGUGCACACACACACACACACACACACACACACACACACACACACACACACUCUCUCAGCACACCUGGCCAUUCAUCACUGUCUGUCUUCCUCUGAGGCAGCAGAUGUUGCAGCACUGUCAUAAUUCUUUGGAAGUUCGAUGCCAGACUGUGUCUUUAGGGCUCCUGGGAUCUAACCUACUUACACUGCAGUAUGCACCCCACUCCAGCUUAUCAGGGACUAGCAUGUUGCCUUCCUGUGCAUUAACAUUGCACUAGAUAGGUAAGUAUCUCAGCCAUUUCACAAGUAUAAAAUAACACGAGAGAACUUUUCAUAUCUUUACAGAUGUCUAUGUUUGUUGUGUUUGAACUAUGAACUCUUUUUCUGGCAUAUUAUACUAAAAUUUGUAUUUAUGUCUGUUUGUUUUAGUUCUGUACAUCAGAGUUCUGUGAGCACAUCAGACAAUCAGAUCAUCCCACCGUUUUCCGUCAAACAUGUCCCAAGCUUCUCCACUCAGAGUAAGUUCUCAAAACUCACAUAUCUAGAAAGGGGACCACGCUUUCAUCAAGAAACACACGUUCAUCUGAGUUUUAUGUGAGGGUGAAAGAGCUAUUCUAGCACAGAUAUGCACAAGCACGUUAUCAAUUUUCACAGAGCCGAGGAACUCUGUGUUAUGAAUACAUCUUUUAUGAUAUUUGCAGAUUUCAAGCAAUGAAAGGAAAAAGAAUCAAUCUAUAUUUUUUCUUCUAGGAGGAAAUGGUAAGGAGAAGCAGGAUUAGAUUGUAAGAAAUAAUUGGAAGCAGCAGUGCGUCAGUUUGCCUAAGACAGCGGAUUUCAUUUUUAGCUCUGGGGCUACUCAUAGGUCAUGAAAAGAUAUCUUCUGUGUGAAUCAGUUUGAUAGAAAUGUUUCUCCAAACCCUAGAGAUGCAUUCCUCAUAAAGAAAUGAAUUCUCUAAAUUUAUAUUAAUUUUCAAAAGUAAUUUUAUUCUUAGGUAUGGACCAGGCUUGCUUCUCUUUUUUAACAGUUCGAACUGUGAGUUAUAACACUUACCUUUUUAAAAUAUAUGGAGCCAAUCACAGCUCGUGUUUCUUUCAAACAGCAGCCCCUUUGGUUCAGAUGAACACAUUAUUGAGUCUUAUGAUCUGUUUCAUUGUGUUUAUAGUGACAGUGAUUUGUUACCAGGUAAAAAGGCUGCAGUUGUGACUUGUUCACCUAAUUGAGUUCUUCCUUUUAAACUGCCUUGUGAAAAGACAAGUGGAGGAAGGGACGGUUAUAGAGCUGAAAAUGGACUUUUAAAGUGGUCUGUGAAAGUAGAUUAUUUAUGUUACUGCAGUUAAUAUAACCUACUGACAGAGCACAGCAGGACGAGUGAACAGCAACUAUUCCAAGCUGAAAAGUAAACACUUUUCCUACUUUGAAAAUAUGUCAAAGUUGUUGAAUUUGCAGAAAAUGAUUUUUUUUACCAUACAAGACAAAAAAUUCAAGAAAAAAGACAAAUAACCUCUGUAUGUUAGAAGUAAUGUUAAGUAAGUCUAAUAUUUAGGCCCUUGAACAUUCCCGUACCAUUCCUGUGAGGUGAAACCCUACAAGGGCUCAGGUAUGUGUCUGUAAACUAUUGUAGCAAUCACAGCUUGUUAGUGCAUUCAGAAGUAAAAUGCUUUAAAAAAUAACUGGAUCAGGAUAGAAAGUGUAUUUUACACAAUGUCCAAGCUUUUUCAGAAAAAGUUAUUCUAUUUGAACAAGUCCAAUCCUUUUAAUAUAACAAUCUAAAUGAGUCAUAGACCAAGGUGACUACACCCACAAUGUCCCAACUGAUUACUAAGCAUCCUUUAGGAUUUUACUUUAGUGCUCAUUUUCUAACACUGGUAAUCUGCACCAUGUGAGCAGUUCCUUCGGCUGAGGAGCUGCAUGCUUGAAGCUGUUAGAAAUGAGAAAGACUUCCACCGUUUAUACAGGAACACGCUGGAUUUAUCCGUUUCUCUCUGUGUGCCUGCGUGGAGGAUGUUGGUGGAGGUCAGGCUGCUGAUAUAAUGAAAGCCUAAAUGAAACACACACCUCUGCAUUAACUCUGUCGCAUGAUGUGCCGCUACACUUGGUAACCAUGGUGACAGCGCUCUGCAGUCCUCCUCCCCUAUACAUAUGAGUGUGUGUGUGUGUGUGUGUGUGUGUGUGUGUGUGUGUGUGUGUGUGUGUGUGUGUGUGUGUGUGUGUGUGUGUGUGUGUGUGUGUGUGUGUGUAAAACUUGUCAUUGUGUUCCCUGCAGACAGAUUAAUUCCCUGCCAGAUUCAUUCCCUGUCAACUCGUUGAAACAAAAGUUUGGGUUUUAAUUAGUUGGGUGCAGCAUCUCACUUCAUCUGUCUGUUUUUAUAGGCUGCUGCUUCACUUUCACUGCCUCCCAUCCCCCACCGUCACUCUUCCCCCUGCUUUUUAGUGUAAUUAAAGACAGAUAAUAGAACUGUAAUGGUGUGUAAUUGCAAUAAUCAAUACAAAAUUCAGACUUAUUUGCUUCCAAAUCAGAUUUACAAGAUGGUUUUGAAAUCCUGGUGACAGCUUGGAGUCUGUUUGUGCUGCAGUUAGACAUUUUUUCCCUCUUAAUGUCAAAUAUAAAGUAAAUUAACAUUUAGUGACUGUGUUUGAAUUUUGGAACCAGGUGACACCAAAAGUUAACAAUUUUUAGCUUUUACCACAACUAACUGAUAUUAGUAAAUACAAACAUGGCAACACCACAGUCAGUUUUAUCAAUGCUGAGCUGCACAUUGUAUGAUGUGACUAAGUUGUGUCCAACAUCACAUGACAUCAUAUUGAUGGCCCUGAAUCAAGAAUGUCUCAGCUGUACCUGAUUACUUCAAUUCUCUUUCCUUGGUGUUGCUGCGUCCUGCUCUGCUUGUUUCUGUGGUCCGAGGAGCUAAAAUAUGAGCAGAGGAGUAAAGAAGAAGAUUUUCAGGAUGUUCUAAUUAGGACGAAAAUAAGCCGUGUUUUUCCAUGCAGGAUAGGAGUGAAGAGGUAUUUGUAAUUGAUGGUCGUGGAGUGGAGUUUGAGAGGAUUUGCUGAGAGGAGAACCGGAAAGGAGGAGUGGGUGAUUGAAGGAGGAAGAAGAGCAGAGGAAGAGUAUGGGCCACUCUUUUGUCUGGAUGUUUCUGCUGUGCCUCACACUCUCUCAUCGAAACGUUGCAGCACAAGCUGAAGCUUGCAGGACGGUGGUGCAGGCAGACAUAGUGUUUCUGGUGGAUGAGUCAUGGAGCAUGGGUCAUACCAGCUUCUCCAGAGUCAAAGGCUUCCUCUCAGCCAUCAUCUCCUCCUUUCAGGACAGUGUGCUCGGACCUGAGGGGGUUCGCUUCGGAGUCACCGUCUUCGGGGAUGUUCCUAGGAUGCGAGUUGCUUUGACAGAUUACAGUUCACUGGAGGAGGUGCUCAGAGCUGUCAGAGACCUCCCGUACGAAGGUGGAUCCAGGAGGACAGGCAGCGCCCUCCAGUUCCUUGUUGAUUCUGUCUUCAGCCCUGCCAUCAGCCGAGAUUUCACCCCAAAGAUUGCAGUUCUGAUCACAAAUGGCCGAUCAGAUGACCAGAUCGAUCCUGCAGCCAGAGCAGUAGCCGACAACGGAAUUACACUGUUUGCAGUAGGUGUUUGGGGAGCUGAUGAGUCAGAACUGAGGAGGAUUGUGUCCGAACCCCAUGAGGAGUAUCUGCUGCCAAGUGUUGACUUCUCUCUCUUGGAGACCAUCCUUCCCAAACUGUCCCGCAGAUUGUGUUUUAGUGCCUCUGAACCACCGCGGCCUGUUAAAGUCCCCCAGCCUAGUGUGGAGCCAGUGGUGGGUCCUAGAGACCUGCAAGUGAGCGAGCUGGCCCACAGCUCCCUCAGGCUCACAUGGAGCCAGGCUACAGGGGACGUUACAGGAUAUCGCCUCCUGAUUACACCCCUCAGCCCCAAAGGAUAUCUCCUCUCCACGCAGCAGAGACAGCUGGAUUUGAAGGCGGAUGUCAGCACAGCCAUUGUGAUGGAGCUGAGUCCUAACACAGACUACUCUCUCACCCUCUACGCCGUCUAUCCCAAACUUUUGGGGAGCUCUGCAAUGGUCACAGUAAAGACAACUUCUUUGCCCAAAGUGUCAAACUUCCGUGUAAUUGAGGAGGGUCUGUUCUCGUUGCGUCUUGGUUGGACGCCUCCUGUAGGGAAGCUGGUUGGAUUCAAGAUCUUCAUCCCCAGAUCUAACAGACCAGGAUUUACUUAUGAGCAUCUGCUCUCUGGAGACGUGUCUUCUCAUGUGAUUGACAGCCUGGAAGAGGAUAAGAAGUACACCAUCAGUAUUUAUGCCAUUUACCCUCAAGGACCAAGUGAACCAAUAUCAUUAGUAGGCAAAACAUUAAAGUUAGUACCAGUUAAGCAGUUCCUGGUGCAGAAUGCAACAACAGACACCGUCCAAGCAAGGUGGGCAUCAGUCAAGGGAGCCACAGGAUACCGUCUGACAUGGGCAUCCGCAGAUGGCCACAUUGAGAACGUAAACCUCGACGACUCCUUCAACUUCUACAUGAUUCAGGGUCUCCAUGCUGGCUCCGAGUACACCGUCACUAUCAACCCCAUCUUUGGAGACAUCGAGGGGCCCGUCACCACCACUGACGUGAAGACAUUGGAAAGCAGUGCAGUGCAGACUCUGAAGGUAUCUGCUGUAAGCACAAGUACAGCUGUCGUCUCCUGGAACAGUGUCCCAGGGGCCACAGGGUACAGGCUGGCAUGGGGCCCCACACCAGAGUUUGCAGGUCGAGAUCGUCCCAGACAGUUGGCUCUGAACGGCAGCACCACAGAGUACCAGCUGAAGAAUGUAGCCCAUGAUACAGAGUACGUUCUGACGCUCUAUGUGCUCUUUGGAUCUGUGGUCGGGCCGGGUUUCCCCGCUACCUUUAGAACCUCUCCUUUGGGGUAUGUGUCCAACUUCAAGGUGAUAUCCUACACCAGCACUGCUAUAGAUGUUGAGUGGAGUUCUAUUGUUGGAGCUACGGAGUACAAACUCUCUUGGAACACAGAUGACGGUACACCCCAGUUUCAUUAUCUGGACCGCAAUGUCCUGUCAUACAAGAUUAAAGACCUGAACCCACAGUCCAUUUACACCAUCACUAUUUGUGCAGUCUACGGCAACUCAGAGGGACCUGAAAUCUCCUUGUCUCAGCUAACAGCUGCAGUCUCAGACUCUGAGCCCAUCCAGGCAGUGAGGGAGGUGAAGGUCCUGGACAUCGGGGUAAACUCCAUCACCCUCUCUUGGAGGAAAACACCGGGAGUUUCAGGGUAUAAAAUCUCCUGGAUUCCCUUCCUCUGGGGUGAUGAGAAGUCCCAAGUGGCUUCUGCUGCCUCUACCACCUUCACCAUCUCCAACCUGCGGGAGAGCACAGCUUAUAAGAUCCAGGUUUCACCGCUUGUUGGUAGCAGAGAGGGAAGCCCAGUCCUGGUUACUGCACGCACCUUGGAUCUUCCUAAAGUGGAAGGAUUUGCUGCUCUGAACACGACGGACAGCAGCACCAUUCUGAACUGGACACCUGUGGCAGGUGUUUCUGGAUACCUUCUCUCCUGGAGGCACAUCUCAGUACUGGAGACAAAAACCGAGACCCUGGGCCCUGGAUUCUUCUCAUAUAAGAUCAGAGACCUCCAGUAUGGCAGAACAUACAUUUUCACUAUCAGACCUUUGUAUGGAGAAGUUGAGGGGCCUAUAAGCACCAUAUACCAGAGGAUAUUGGGACAGGAUAAUCCUGUGAAAAGUGCCCAGUCUGUUCCGACUACAGUGAUCCCAAACUCCUUGUACACCAUGACGGACUCCCAAACCACCUCCAUCACCAUCAGCACUACUGUUGCUCAGUCUUCCACCACGACAACCGAGCCCCCCACAGCUGCACCACCAACUAAACCACCAACAACCAAGAAACCACCACCUCAACCCAGUGCCACCAAAGCUAAACCAGAUCCGAUCACUGCGCUGAAACCAGCCACAGUUAGCACAAAGUCCACGGCUCCACCAAGACCAGUGUGUGGGAGGGCCAAAGCAGACAUAGUAUUCUUACUGGAUGAGUCCUCGAGCAUUGGUGUUAACAACUUCAUCAAGAUGAAGGACUUUAUAUUCCGAGUGGCCACUUACUUCCCUGUGAUUAGUCCACAGGGCACACAGAUAGCCGUGGUUCAUUACAGCGAUGAGCCUCGUAUUGAAUUCCGUCUAAGUGACUUCAAAGACAGAAACUCACUGCUCAGGGCAAUCAGAGGGCUGCCGUAUAGAGGAGGCAACACCAAAACAGGAAAAGGGAUCAGCUAUGUUCUGCAGGAAGUGUUCCAGGAGUCUUUGGGGAUGAGACAAGAUGUGGCCCACGUUCUGGUUCUGAUUACAGAUGGAAGGGCUCAGGAUGAUGUUUUGCCACCAUCUAUAGUGGCACGUGUCUUUGGGGUCAGUGUACUUACAGUCGGGGUGUCUAACGCAGAUAUCGAGGAGCUAAAUAAAAUUGCUGCUUCCGCCAGCUACAAAAACGUCUUCUACUCUCCCACCUUUGAUGAUUUCCCCUCCAUAGAAAGGGAGUUCAUCAGCAGCAUCUGUAGCGAGGAGCUUCUGUCUGAGUUUAAAUUACAAGAUGAGUUUGCUCAAUUAGACACACCAACUGAAGACCCAGAGGAGAUGCAGAAACCUCAGGGUCCCUGCUCUUCACGGUGUGAGAAGGGUCAAAAAGGAGAAAGGGGAGAUGGGUUUGGUCUUGGAGGUUUGAAAUUCAGACCAAGUCCUGGACAGUUUGAUCCUUUCACCUCAUCUAAAGGAGAACGCGGGGAGAAGGGACCUCCUGGAACAGAUGGUGUCCCUGGGUUGCCAGGGAGACCAGGACGAACGGGGCCCCCGGGUUCUCCUGGUCAGCGGGGUUCUCCAGGCAUUCCAGGUGACAUGGGUAUUCCUGGACCCACUGGUCCGAAGGGUCAGAGAGGAGAGAGAGGAGAGCCCGGGUACGUCAUAGCUGGCACAGACUCUAAUUAUGUUCCUGGACGAAAAGGAGAACCUGGAUCAUCAGGUCCCCAGGGACCAGCAGGUGUACCUGGUGUCAAUGGUUCUCCGGGCCUGCCUGGACAACCUGGACCACCAGGAGCACCAGGUUUAUCUGUGAAAGGAGAAACUGGAGAGCUGGGAGCAAAAGGUUUACGGGGGAAGCAGGGCAUGAAAGGAGACAAAGGAGAGUCCGGGAAAGAUGGGGCUGCAGGUCUGCCCGGUCCCAUCGGCGUUGAUGGGAUACCAGGAGUCCCCGGUCAGAAAGGACAGAAGGGAGAAGAAGGAGUCGGUAAACAGGGAAUUCAAGGUCCUCAUGGAGAGAAGGGAGAAAAGGGAAAUGUUGGCUUAACAGGAGCAGUCGGUCCAAAGGGUGACCGUGGAGACCAGGGUAUCCAGGGAGUUGUUGGACCUCGGGGUAAGAAGGGAGUGAAGGGAGAGCGAGGGGACAAAGGAGAUCAAGGAGAAAUGGGCCCUGCUGGACCACAAGGACCUCAAGGACGAACUGGACCGAUGGGACUGAAAGGAGAUGAAGGUCCAAGAGGAGUCCCUGGAGAUCCUGCCAAUGGGAUACUUGGUCCACCUGGAAAAAAGGGUGCCAGGGGAGAUGUCGGUCCAGUUGGUUCCACCGGCCUUCAGGGAAUAAAAGGAGACCAAGGAGACAAGGGAGAAAAGGGAAGUCCUGGUUUUGGGAUCCCAGGACAGCCAGGACCAAAGGGUGAAAAUGGCGAGAGGGGAAAUGUUGGUUUGUCUGGAAAACCAGGACCAAAGGGGAAAGAUGGAUCUAAAGGUGAAAAUGGGAGCAUUGGGUUACCUGGAAAUCCUGGAGAUCCAGGAUUAAGAGGUAAAGAUGGAGCACCUGGAGUGAAAGGAGAACAAGGAAUGAAGGGUGAAGCAGGACCACCUGGAGAGCCUGGGGAAAGAGGAAUGAGGGGUUCUACAGGGUUACCAGGGCGACUGGGGGAUACUGGAGAAAAAGGAGAUGCUGGGAAGCCUGGCCAGCCUGGUACUGACGGAGUAAAAGGCGAUAAAGGAGAGGCGGGGAAGCCUGGACCUCCAGGAACACAAAUUGUAUCAGACAACAACAUACUGACCAGAGUGAUUAAGGGUGAACAAGGAGAGCCUGGUCAGCCUGGUUUGAGAGGGGAAACAGGUGAACCUGGACCUAGAGGUCCAGAAGGGAAACCUGGACUUCCAGGACCAUCACAGAGUAGUUCUGGACUUGAUGGCAUUCCAGGAAAACCAGGAAUGAAGGGCGACAAGGGGCAAAAGGGAGAGAGAGGAGAAAAGGGAGACCAAGGUGGGGUAGGGAUUGCCGGAAUACCUGGUUUACCAGGAACACCGGGCAGAUCUGGCGUUGAUGGGAAGAGAGGUUUGCCGGGAAAAGAUGGAGAUCGUGGAAUUAAAGGAGAUGAUGGAAAAAAGGGGGACAAAGGAGAUCCAGGUGCAAAUGGUACAGAUGGAAGUAAGGGGGAACCAGGGCCUCCGGGUUUGCCUGGGAAGCAAGUGCUCGUCACUUCAGAGGGUGCAACAUCUGAUGAUAUCCGACAAGCCUUUCCAAUCCCAAUGGGUCCCCCGGGGGCUACCGGUUCACCAGGAGUGAAGGGUGAAAAAGGAGAAAUUGGCCUCAAAGGAGAGAAGGGUGACGCUGGAGCUCCUGGAAAGUCUCUUGAGAUGAAGCACAUUGAAAUGAUGUUUGAACACUAUGGUAUAAGGCUGCCUCUGCUGAAAGCUUUGAUUGACAGGCUGCUGCAGGAUGGAGUAGAGGAACUGCUUCACGUGCUCAGCAGCUCGAAGAAAACAAAAGAGAACACAGAAACCUCCAACGUCAUUACGGAGUUCACAAGAUCACUGAAGUUUGAUCUCCCCAACCAGCCACCAUCAGAGUUGGACGUUCAGGACCCCGACGUAGAGGAGCAGCUUCCAGAAACUUUGUCCACUAAUCUGUUAAAUGGGACCUCAGAAGGUCCAACCUCGUGGACCAUCGCCACUCUGGAGAACGAACAGAAGCUCAAUCAGAUCGAAACCAAGUUAGAAGGAUCCAGAGGGACAGAGAUCGAUGACUGGAACAGUAACGUGUCCUCUCUCAAAAUGAACCUGACGUUCAUUAAUUCUACCAUUAAUUAUCCUACAGAUAAGGAGCCGGUUUUAGGGUUACCUGAAACUGUGGUGGAGACGGUUGUCCUCAGUCAGGAAGAACCGCUGAAGAAGAUUGCUGCACCAAAGAAGAAGAACAGGGAGCGUGGGAAAGGCAAAGGGAAUAAAGGACGGCGUAAGAGGCAGAAACAACGUCUGACGAGUGAAGAAAAGAAAGGAGGAGAGGAGGAAGAAGAGUUUUAUAACGGUGAAGAAUACGCGUAUGAAUACGAGGAGGAACUUUCCACAGAUGAGCUCUCCGUCUCUCACGAGGAGACAAAGAACGGAGAGGAGGAGCAUUCACCUACUCCCCAUUCUAACCAGUUUGAAACCUCCAGUUCUCCCGAAUCCUCAGACAGAGACACAGAUGCACAGGUUAUCAUGACAACUCCAGCACCACCUUCUCGAUCCACAGGUGGUGCGUUUGAGGAUCAGGUGGUGCUGCCCACUCCUCCACCUGCAACAGAUGAGCCAGAUCAGAUUCCUCAGCCUCAAAUCAGAGUGAAAAGAAGCACGUCCUGGCCUGUCUCUUUGGUCUUUAUGCCAGGUGCCCCAGGUGGACGAAACUGGUUUAAAAAAGCACAAAACAAUCAGUCUCCUGGUGCUCGCGGUUAUAGUAGCUGGAGUAACAUAAAUCAUAAAAACAUUCAAACACCUUCUGAGAGGAAGUGGCAAGAAAGAGAAGACAAACUGCUAUCGAGUGAUGCAACCAUAGAGACUCAAACAGAUGGAGGAGAAGAGGAGGGAGAAAUGGAAAAAGCGAAAGAAGAAGUUGUGCCUGGUGGAUAUUUAGAAACAAACCCCGAUGCAGUCCGUGAGGAAGAAGAGGAGACAAGUGGAGAUUACGACUGGGAGAUGGAGGAAGAUGUUGAUCGUGAGAGGGAAGAAGAGGAGAAUGAGUUGGAGGUUAGAAGAGAGAAAGAAAGGUUGGAAAUGGAGAGAGAAAGAGAGGAGCUGGAGAAAGAGAAGGAGGCCAACCUGGAGAUGGAGAAAGAAAACACAGAGAGGGUGGAAGACACGGAGGUGGAGAAGACAGAGGAGGAGGUGGAGAGAGACUUAGAGAGGGAGGAAUGGGAGAGGAGGAGGGAGAAAAUGGAAAGAGAGCGAGAAGGGAGCCACAGUGAAGAAACUGAACAGCCUUAUCCAUAUCCUCCAGAGUACUUUUUCCUGAAGGGGCAGCCCGGUGAAAAUGGAAACCCCGGACAAAAGGGUGAAAUUGGUGAAAAGGGACAAAAGGGAGAGCCAGGCAUCGGUCACAGAGGUCCAGAGGGUCAAGCAGGUCCUCCAGGACAGAAGGGGGAACCAGGGCAGCCAGGACCUCCAGGUGCUCAAGGCAUCCAGGGUAUCCAUGGUAAUCCAGGCAUCCAGGGCUCCCCUGGUCUUAGAGGACCCCCAGGGGACACCGGAGAGCCAGGUAGAGAGGGAGAGCGAGGUAAAAAAGGGAAGAAUGGAUCAUCGGGAUCUCCGGGAUCUCAAGGUUCACCAGGACCUGAUGGUCUUCCUGGAGUACCUGGAGUUAAAGGAGAAAAGGGUGACAGUAUUCCAGGUCAGCCUGGUGCUAGGGGAGUACCUGGCCCCCCAGGGAGACAGGGUGAAAAGGGCACUCCGGGUGUUAAAGGAGCUCCAGGUCUUAUUGGUCCAAAGGGUCUACGUGGUGGCAAAGGGGAAAAGGGGGACCGAGGCACACCUGGAGUCAGAGGAGAAAGGGGAAGUGAGCUUAAUAUUCAAGGACCCCGUGGUUUCAAAGGCACCAAAGGAGAGGCGGGUGAGCGAGGCCUCCCAGGUUUUGAUGGUGAUAAAGGAGAGAAGGGAGAAGAUGGGCCUCCUGGAGUCAAGGGUGUAAAAGGAGAUGCGGGCACCAAAGGUGCGAUGGGAAGAUUUGGAGCACGAGGCCCAGUUGGUCAGAAGGGGGAUCCAGGAGAGCCAGGGCUCAAUGGAGUGAUGGGGCGCGAUGGAGAGCAUGGAAAAGAUGGAGCCACAGGGGACAAAGGAGAUGUGGGACUUCAAGGCCUGAAGGGAGAUCAGGGUGAUGCAGGAGAACAUGGCUUACCAGGAGAGAACGGGGAGAAAGGAGAAAAGGGUUCUAGAGGUUUCCCGGGACGUGUUGGGAGUUCAGGUCUAAGUGGAGAAAAGGGAGAUGCAGGUUUACCUGGCAGCCCGGGCAUACCAGGACUAAAUGGACUGACCGGACGCAAGGGUGAAAAAGGAGAAGGAGGAACCAACGGUGUCAAUGGCGAACCAGGAGAGAAAGGAGAAAAGGGUACAGCAGGUUUCCCAGGUUUUCCAGGAUUCAAGGGUUCAACAGGAGGUCCAGGAAGAGAUGGAGAUGAAGGUCCACCAGGACCACCAGGUCCUAAUGGGGACCCAGGGCCCAAGGGGGAGAGGGGGAGAAAAGGCCGAUCGAAACCAUGUCAGAGGGGAUCACCGGGAACGCCGGGACGACGGGGGGAGAGUGGUGAAGUGGGUAUUGAAGGGGUGAAAGGGGACAAAGGAGAGCCUGGACUCUCAGCGGAAGAAGUGAAGGAACUCGUCACCCAGGAAGUUGUAGAAAAGUGCGGGUUGGAAUACAAGUUCAUGGUAAAAUCUGUGGAUCCAGAUGCAACGGCUGCAAUGACUGAUGUAAAACUUAUCCAUAAGUUGGAAAACAUAGCAGCGUCUAUCUCUAAUGACCUUCAUGAGAAAACAAUGGAAGAGGAAGAGCUAGAGGACAAACACAGAGCUCAUGCAGAAGCUGUAAAAAUCAUGGAUGCAAAGAUCUCACCAAACCAUAACGAGUCCCGUGAGACAAGGACUGUGGGAUGGACACAGAGGACGAAGAGAAGGGUAUUCAGAACAAAGAAUGUUGCAGCGGAGCGCUGUUCGGAGCCGAUGCUAGAGGGAUCCUGUUCAGACUACGUCUUGCUCUGGUACUUCCACAUCCAGUCGGGGGAAUGCAAACCAUUUGUGUACGGGGGCUGUGGAGGAAACCAGAACCAGUUCACCUCUAAACUGGAGUGCCAGAGUCGGUGUGGGUUGGGGAGGAACUCUACUGGAGGUCCGUCGGAUCACAUGAGGGAUGGACCCGCCAACAGCUGAAGUGGUGACUCAAUGUGAAAAUGUAGAACAUUAGUAAAGUGUUCAGAUGAAGCCCAAAACCAAACAGAUGCUGAUUUGUGUACAUAACUAAGUAAAAUAUAGCUUUGUCUUUUUCUGUUGUUUAUUUAUGUUUUUGUGAUUUUCCGUCUAGUUGUUGUUUACAGAAAAAAAAAUUGUUUUCUAAAUCUGAACAUGUGUUCUUGGUUGUGUUUUUACUGACUGACUUUGACCCUUGACCUUUGCGAUCAUGUGGGCGACGGUGGCACAGGAGUUAAGUGCUCGCCCCGUAAUCGGAAGGUUGCAUGUUCGAGCCCCGCUCAGUCUGUCACUGUCGUUGUGUCCUUGGGCAAGACACUUAACCCACGUUGCCUGCUGGUGGUGGUCGGAGGGACCGGUGGUACCAGUGCUCGGCAGCCUCGCCUCUGUCAGUGCGCCCCAGGGCAGCUGUGGCUACAUUGUAGCUCAUCCCCACCAGUGUGUGAAUGUGUGUGUGAAUGGAUGAAUGACUGAUUGUGUUGUAAAGUGCCUUGGGGGGUUCCAGGACUCUAGAAGGCGCUAUAUCAAAUACAGACCAUUUACCAUGUGACUCUACUGAAAAUAAAACUUCAUUUGUG